AUGGCAGCCAAGCAGGAAGAGGGGUCCGUCAGCAAUGAAGACAGUGCCGCUGUUUCCAAACCCCCCUUGGACGCACUGGAAAAGGCAAAAGUUAUAAAUGACGCAGCCCUCUUUGUAGCUGGCAAGCUGAAAGAUGUUCGAAUGGCAAUGUCAAACAACAAGGACGCCUUGGAGGCAGUUUCCAGUGCAAUGGGGGGGGUGUUGGAUGGCCUGACUGCGGUGCCCUACAUUGGCUUUGUAGCGCAGCUGACCAAGUCACUGUUGGAUCAGGUUGACAAGCACUCUGUUGUGGCCAGCAUUGUCGACAAGACAAUGGCGGAAACCCUAGGAUGGUUCCGAAAGCAGGAUUUGGAAAAGGUCCUUGCGGGUGAGCCUCGAGCGGCGGCCUCGCUUCUAGAACUCAAGAAGACCAUAUUGGAGGCAGACUUGCUCGCGCAGACAAUCAAGGGGAAGGGGUGGGGCAACCGCUUCUUUCUUGCGGCGCCCUAUGAGGCGAAGUUGAAGGGUAAGCUGGACACUUUGAAGGAAGUGAGGACCAAGCUUGGGCUGGAAGCGACUCUGUCAAAUGUUGAGAAGUUGAACCAGGUACUCGCCCUGUUGCUGUCAAGCAGACCGGAGGCGAUCAAAGCCAAGCACAAUGUGGCGAAGGUGGACCCUCUCUUUGCGGGGCGGGAGGAGAUCCUGAAGCGGAUGCACGACACGCUGUGGGGUGGUGCAGGGACCAGCGCGGGGUCUCAGACUGUUGUGUGCCUCUGGGGGAUUAGGGGCAUCGGCAAGACGCAGUUGGCGCGCAAGCACUGCCAGGAAAACCUCAGCCGGUAUGGGAGGGUGCUGUGGGUGGACGUGCAAGGCAAAGGGGUGCAGGGCGGCUAUGGGGAGUUAGGGGAAGACGUGCUAGGGUUGACGCGAGCCUCCAGCGAGCAACUAGAGGACUACGUGAAGCGGGUCCGGCUGACGGUGCAAAACCUCACAGAGCCAUUCCUACUAGUGUUUGAUGGCGCCAACGGAGAUGAUGUCUCAGAGGUGGAGAAGCUCCUGCCAAGUGAGGGCCAAGCAUGCCACGUGCUGGUAACAACCACAGAUGACUGGGCCCUCCGGCAGCAUGGGGCAAUUCCCCUAGCCAUCGAGAGCCUCAGCGAGAAUCAAGCCCGUGCGCUUCUCAUGAAAGGUCUGGCUGCAGAGAACGCAGCGCUGGGUGCGGAAAUUGAGAAGAAGCUCGAUGAGCUGGCAAAGCGGCCGGGGUACCUGACGAUUGCCCUGGCUGGAGCGGUCCCCUUGCUAAAAGAGCGGCGCUUUGAGCAGGAUCCAGUGGGGGAGCUUCUAGCAGAGCUGGGAGUGCUAAGGGGUGUGGGGCCGGCAAAUAAGCUGUUUGGGCUCAGUCUUUACAGCCUGCAGAACUCAACCACCGGCGAGGACGGGCCUGACGUGUGCCGGUCUGCCACCUCCAUUGCCAUGGUGGCCGGGUGGUUUGGGGAAGGGCCUGUCAGCACUCAGCACCUGCUGGAAGCUGCAAAAGAAUACCAUGUUGCAGUCUAUGGGGAUGCAGACGGUGCCAGCCCUUGGGAAAACAAGACGCUGACACGCAAGGCCCUUCUCCGAGUUAGCCACUAUUUGCCUGCACAACUGGGAGCAGGGUCAGGGGAAGCAGGAGUACAGAACGACACGGCUCCCCAAAAAGGCUGUCUGACCCUAACGUUCCACGUGCUCUUCCUUGAGUACGUGAGGCGCCAGGAAGGGGCGGACACGGCGAGAGCAGUAACCCUGGCUGCGGUUGCGCGGAUGGGGUGCGACGCAGAGACGGUACAGCAGUUCAAAGGGGUUUGGGACGUGGUAGUCAUGGGCAUGGACGCUCUCGACGUUUCGGAGUUGGGGAUUGUCCAUGAGCUGGGGGAAAAGUACGCAGCCUAUCUCCGAGAAGGUGGUGGCGAUUACAGCACGGCUAAGGCGGUGCUCGAGAGCGGUCUCCAGAGACUGGGGGAGGGUCCUCGGGGUUGGGAGUGGAGGCUCGACCUUGCUCAGGCCCUCGACUUGACAGGGGAAUACACUCGAGCUGCAGAAGUAGCUGAGGCCGUCAUCAAGGAACUCGAGCUUAGAGACGCAGCUUCUCCUUCCGAGAGAAACCUAAAACCUAGGGGCAACUGGUUGCUUUCCUGCUUUAGACGGCAAGCUGGGAGCCCGGACCCUCAGGCUGAGGUUGAUGCCAAGCGUGAGGCCGUAAUUCUUGACGGAUGGACACACUCGGCAAAUCCGAGUCUGGAUCUGGCAAGUGCGUGGCAUGUCCGAGCUUCAAUCUACAAAAAACAAGGGAGGCAUGCGGAAGCGCUUCAGUUGUACGAGCGAAGCCGGCGUGUCAGGGAGAGGGCUCUAGGUCCAAUCCACACCCACGUGGCCGCCACGUUAAUUAAGAUGGCGGGCGUGCUCGUGGACCAAGGCAACUUUGAGGAGGCACUACCGCUAUACCAGAUGGCCCUGCGCAUAUAUGAGAAGGCUCUGGGACCGGAUCACCUCAGCGUGGCCACCACAUUGAACAAUAUGGCGCGCAUGCUCGUGCGCCAAGGCAAAUACGAGGAGGCGCGGCCACGGUUUGAGCGAAGUCUGCGCAUUCAGGAGGAGGCUUUGGGCCCGGAUCACCCCGAGGUGGGCAGGGUAUUGCACAACAUGGCGGGCCUGCUCACGGGCCAGGGCAGAAACGAGGAGGCCCUUCGGCUGUUUGAGAGGGCGCUUGCAAUCCGAGAGAAGGCCCUGGGAUUGGACCAUCCCCGCGUGGCCUCAACAUCGAACCACAUAGCGAAUCUGCUUUACGGUCAAAACAGGUACGAGGAGGCCCUCCCGUUCUACAAGAGGGCACUUGGGAUCCGGGAGAAGGCGCUAGGCCUUGAGCACUUCGAUACCAGAACCACGAGGUCCUCGUUAGAGGCUGCCGAAAAAGAGAGCGGCCGGACAGUCUCCGGACGUCCGGCUCUGGCGCCCGUUUCGAGCAACACCGUGGGCUUGGAAUCUCCGAAGGACUCCACGAAAGGUGGGCGCAAGAGAACGUCCGGAGUCCGCAACUUAGACGUUCGUGGGGUUUCGGACGCCCUUAGACUAGGCGCUCAGGAGAGAGAAGGGAACGUGGAUGGGGAUGUUCUGCGGCGGCGGUGCCGCACGCUGGAGUGCCAGGUGGCAGCACUGACAGGUCUGCUCGAGGCCGAAAAGGCGGAGAGAGAGCGGCUCGAGCGCUGGCAGGACGAGAUGGAGAAGCGGGUUUUGAGCGCCCCCGCCGCCCCAGCCCCCUCCCCAGUUCCAAACCCCGAACCCGGGGUGCCUUGCUCCGAGAGCGGAAUCUCUCUCUCGCCUGCCGGAAACGAUGAGGUGCUUGAAGCGGAACUGCCCCGUAAUCGGCAGACGGGCGCAGAAACUAGAGACGUAAGCACUGGGAUGGACAUGCGUUCUCAGGAAGGUGACGCCAUGGCUUCGGAGUGUGUUGUCAGAGGAGGGGAAGGGGCGUAUCUGGGCGACGCCAUCAGAACCCGGGGAGAGGGGAUUGGUGAGGAAUAUUCCGAGCGGGAAGCUGGGGGGCUGGUCGGCGGAAGGGGCCCGGGAACGAACGAGCCGGGCUGUUCUGAGGUGGACGGAGAAGAUAGGGCAGGGGUUGAACCGGGUAGUUUCGGGGCAGCGGAACGGCCCCUGGCAGAAAAUGAACCGCGGAAUCUGGAGGUGGACGGACAGCGCUCGGUAGAAGGUGAACCGGGUAGUUCAAAGCUGGACGCAGGGCGCCCGGUAGACACUGGACCGGGCACUUUGAAGGUGCGCGGACAGCGGCUGGGAGAAAGUGCAACGGGCGAUGCUGAGGGACGGGGUGUGGGGGAGCUUGUAAACGUCGUUCAACGGCAGGAUGAGGAACUGAGCAGAUUACGGGGGGAGCUGGAAAGAAUGCAACGUGCAGUCCGGAUGAGAGAGGAGGGAACGAGGGAAGUGCCUGGAGUGCAAGGAGAAAUGUGGGUGCAGGAAGAGCGGAAGGGGAACGGAACGGAACGGCGAACGGAAACGGAGCAGCAAUUGCGAGAAGAGGGAGCAACGGGGAGAGCGGAGGGGGAGCGGACAGGGCUGAACUUCGAGCGAACAGAACGAGAGCGGAAUCUGCUGGAGCAAAAUUGGGAGGCAGUCGAUGAGGGCGGACGGGAGGAGGUCAAGACGACGGACGGAGCAGCGACGGAACAAGAGCGGACGAGCGGAACGGGGGAGGGGCAGAAUCGAACAGACGGUGCAGGGUUUACCCAUUUCCACAAGGGCGGGGAUCAGGACUGCUCUCCGGCGAGGGAACCCUCCAGAAACUCGCGGGGGGAAGGUUUGGGGCCAGAGUUGGACCCGCAAGAGGGCCUGCUUGCAGCGCUAGAAAGCCAACGGAACGCCCAGUGUGCCUUCAGCUUCCUCGUGACAUUAGUGCGCGUUUGUAAAGCACUGCUUGUUGGAGGGGAAGGAAGUGACACCGACGGACCUGGUAACCGGGAGGAAGUCAAGAGGGUUUCGGGGAGGGCUGGGAAACACCAGGGGUUGCUGAAGCUUCUUGAGAGAGCGCGGGAGCAGCGGCGGGCGGCAGAGGCGGCUCUAAGAGGGCUCCACGUGUCAGUCGGAGCGGUUGGGGCGGCAACGGACGUGCAACGUCCGGCCCAAGAGUCCAGCCGACCGGAAUGGGACCGGCGGAACGGGGCUUUGCGGCUCAAAGAGAGCCAGCUCGGGUGCGAACGUGAGGUAGCAGAGCGCCAGCUGGCCGAGGCACGUGCCCAGCUGCAUGAGCUGUCCGCCGGAAAGGAGAGGCCGGAUUCCGACCGGAACGAAGCGGAGUGGGGCGGGAACGGUGCAGCGGAAAAGGAGGCUUGGGCGGCGCUGGAAGAGAAGCUGGCGUCGCUGCAAGGAGAGCUUAUGGACGUGCAGGUCCACCUGCUGGCGAGUCGCCGCGAAUGCCAAAACCAGGAGGAGCGCGCCCUUCGGGCCUUUCAAGAUGCUGACGUGGCACGCGAUGAGCUGGCCCUGCUCAAGGAGACGGCAUUCAAUGCGCGACGGGAAGCGGAAGAGGCGCAGGCGCAAGCGAGGGCUGCUGGGGUUGCGUUAGAAGCGGUCAAGAGGCGGUUAGAGCAGAUGGUUCUGGCUAACCCACGUGGGGGCGAGGAGGACGGGGUGACGCAAGAGGGAUCCCUCGCUGACGACUUGGAGCGCGCGUUGGAAGCGUUGGGAGGGGGGGAAGUGAGUGAAGAGAUGGCGAAAGUUGCGGAGGGCAUCCGAGGGUUAGAGGAGCGGGUUUUGCGGAAGGAGGAACGGGUAAGGGUUUUGGAGGCGAGGGUGAAGUCUGCGAAGGAGGCUGCGGCAGCGGAAGAGGGAAAGCUAAAGGUUCUGAGAGAGGAAGCACGGGCAAUGGCGGAGGGGGUCGGGAAGAGACGCGGGCAGAAAGUGGAGCUGGAGGCGCAGUGCGAAGAGUUGACUGGUCAGGUUCAUGCACUAAUCGACCGGUUAGCUAACGAGGGUGCUCAGCUGGACCAGGUUAAGAAGGAGUUUAAGGUCGCCGGGAAAGAUAUUGAGCGGGUCAAGGAGCGGGUUAAGGAGGAGGUUAGGGACGCGAAGCAGGAGUUAAGCAAGACGAGGGGUGAAUUGGCGGAACUAGAGCGGAGGUGGCUGGGGUUGAAGCUUGAAGUGACGGGUGCGAAGAGCGGUGUAAAUGGGCUCGCAACCAGGGGCAGUUUGGAUGAUUUCACAAGGGCUGAGACGGUGGAGUCGAGGGACGGUGUGAAUAAGCUCGACGGGUUUGACGAAGUGAGCAGGAGGGGCGGCGUCAAUACACUUGAUUGUGUGAGGUCCUCGUUGCCAGAAUCGCGAGGGUCUCCUUCGCAGAACGGCGGCAAGGGAAUGGAAGCCGUAAUCAGACGGGCGAGAACGUCUGUUGGUCAGGCACGGGUUUCCGCGGACGUCCAUCGGAUGGAGGAGCGUGUUCGGACGCCCACUGAGAGUGCUACUCCGCCCGACGUUCCAAGUCGGAGCUGGGAUCCACUUUAUCAAAAAGACAGUGCAAUUUUUCGAACAACGCCCGACCAACAGCUGUUACAAAAUUCAAGCGCCGGGCGUUCGGACGGCUUAAUUCGGACGUUUGAACCGGACAAAGCCGGGAGGGCGACCACGGAAGGGGCGGAGGCACAGCUGCGGGUCGCCCAGAAUGGCCUCGGGGAGCUGCUGGCGCAGAUGCACUCGCUGCAGGAGCACGUGGCGCGGGCGUCCGAGUCGGACGAGUCGCGUGACGUCAGCCGGCGUGACGUCAGCCGGGGGGAUCCCCUCGAGAGCCUCGCGGAGACGUCGCUGGCGGCGUGUCUCGAGGGGGUGAGGCAAGUCCACGCCCAACUGAAAGAGGCGUGUAAGUCGGUACCUCCCGGAACGGAUUCGGAGCUCUCCGGAGCCACGUGGCAGCAGGAGAAACUGCCAAGUGGCAGGGACGCGGAGCUCCGGGCGCUGGAGGAGGUUUGCGGGCAGAUGCGGGCGGAUCUCCAGAAGCUGGCGGAACGGAACGAGGCGAUUCGGCGGGUAUUACGGUGCGGGGCUUCGGUGCAGGGGGGUGGAUUGGCUGGUGGAUCCGGGGAGGGGAAGAACGAGGGGACAGCUUGCAGUGCGAUAAGGCCGUGCAUAAAGUGCAAAAGUUUGAACGCAAAGUUCCUGGAGAUCAGCAACGAGGCCGCACGUUUCCGACUGCUUAUGAAGACUCUGAAGGCCCGGAUCGUCGACUUAACUGUCAAGUACAUGUGA